AUGUGCAGGCCCCAGGCAGCUCCAUUCGGGCUUUUCCCCCAGAAGUGCACCGCGGACCGAGGGCGGCGGUUCUCCCUUGAGAAGUGCUGCGAGUGUUACAGGAGCUCACAAGCGGAAGCACACGCUGUGUGCACGGGGCGCCGGGCACACCUGAGAGGUGAGAAACGCCUGCAGGCGACUUAUUUGGAAGAUCCAAAGUGA